AUGGCGCACGACUGCCCCAAAGCAGAAAAUGGCCGCAAAUCCCGCCUCCGCCAAUUCCUCAUGGAAGACAUCCGCGAAGACCUCCUCCUCGAAUGCGAACUUCUCAUCCUCUCCUUCGCAACAGGUCUCCAAGACGCCGCCGCCUGGCCCGACUACUCCUGCUUCGCCUCAAACCAAACAGGCAACACGCUCUUCCUCGCAAUCGGCGUAGCAGGCCUAACCAAGAACGCAUACAGCUUCCCCAACAUCGGCGUCAGCUUAAGCCUCUUUGUGGCCGGCGGCUUCAUAAUGGGCCAGCUCGGAAACUAUAUCGGGGUGCGGCGGCGGAUCUGGCUGUUACUCAGCAACCUCAUCCAGACGGUGUUUGUGUUCUGUGCGCUGAUCGUUCAGCAUCGAUGGCCCAUUCAGCGCGAUGGGCCUGCUGCAUUGGCUGUUAUUGCUUUGUUGGCUUUUUCGUCCGGCGGCCAGGUUGCUAUGAGUCGGUCUUUGAAGAUUACGGAGAUCACGACGGCGAUGGCGACGGCUGCAUUUAUCGAUUUGGUGAUAGAUCCGGAUUUGGCCAGGUUGAAGAAUCGCUUGAGGAAUCGGAGGGUCAUGUUUCUUGUUAUGUUGACGGCGGGUUGUUUUGUUGGUGCUUUUGCGCAGAGGGAGAUUGGUUCCAGGUUUCCGAUCUUGUUGUGUGCGAUUGGGAAGGCGUUAGUUUGUGUUGCGGUGCUUUUUAAUCGGCCUGUUGAGAUGUCGAGGUCGCCUUCAAGUUCGACGCAGACCUUGAAGGUUUAG